AUCUUGAAUUUAUCAUAUCUACAGAUGGAGCACAAAUUAAAAACAGAAAAAUCAAACAUCACUACAAUGAUGGAAUUUAUCCUCUUGGGGUUUUCUGAUAUUCCCAAUUUCCAAUGGAUUCUUUUUGGGAUAUUUUUAGUCCUCUACCUGACCAUCCUGUUGUGCAAUAGUGUCAUUGUACUGGUAACAAGAAUUGACCCUACUCUCCAGACCCCCAUGUACUUUUUCCUCAACCACUUUUCCAUUUUAGAAAUCUGUUAUGUAACUGUCACUAUCCCAAGAAUGCUCACAGACCUCCUGAACCAGAAAGGACACAUUUCUUUCACUGCCUGUGCUACACAAAUGUGUUUGGUCCUUCUGUUUGGAGGUUUAGAGUGUCUCCUCCUGGCCGUGAUGGCCUACGACCGCUACGUGGCCAUUUGUAACCCUCUUCACUAUGGUCUAAUCAUGAGCCCCCAGGUCUGUGUCCAGAUGGUCACUGCCUCCUGGGUCAGUGGAGUUCCUGUUGUAAUUGGGCAAACAUGGCAGGUUUUCUCUCUGCCCUUUUGUGGGUCUACCACAAUUAAUCAUUUUUUCUGUGACCUCCCCCCAGUGUUCAAGCUUGCUUGUGGGGACACAUUUGUGAACGAGAUAGCAGUCUAUGUAGUUGCAGUUGUGUUCAUCAUGGUCCCAUUUCUGUUGAUUGUUGUCUCCUAUGGCAAAAUCAUCUCCAACAUUCUGAAAUCGCGAUCUGCCAAAGGGAGGGCUAAAGCCUUCUCCACUUGCUCAUCUCACCUCACAGUGGUGGUCUUAUUCUACGGCACAGCCUCUACCACCUAUUUACAGCCCAAACCAAAUCAAUCUGAAGAAACUGGGAAGCUGAUCUCUCUUUUCUACACAGUUUUGAUCCCAACGUUGAAUCCCAUUAUAUAUACGCUGAGGAACAAAGAUAUCACCGUAGCACUGAGAAAACUACUAAGUAAAUUAUCAACUUGA